AUGGUGCUGCGCUGGAGAGCGUCGCUGGCAGUGAUGCUGUGCGUGAUGCCCGGCGGGCCGUUCGCUCUGAUUCCGGAAGAGAUUUACAAGUGCUACCGGGCCGACAACUACGCCCUCUUCAACCGACACAACCGACAGGCUGUUUCCAUGGACCAGCUGAUCGGCCUGGUGGAGCGGCUGGAACACGCCCAGGGAGCCCAAUUCAUGUCGCCGCAGCGCAUCACGGCCACGCUGCUCAGGCGCUUCCGCUACGACGGCAUCAUUGACCAGAACGUCAACCAGGAGAUCUCAACUUACCUGGAACCUUUCACCUUCAUCCAGCCUGAGAACGCCAAGUUCCAGAUGCUUCAGAGACUCAUCAACCUAGACAAUACCAACUUCCCUGAGGACGACUUCACGUUGGAAGAGAAGUGCACUAUGCAUUGGCUGCUGUCGCACUCUGUGAACGAGACAGAGCGUGACGACGAGAACGAUUUCUGCGGCCGCGCCAGUCGCCGCCGCCGGGCUCCGCGGCGCUACGGCUCCCGCUCGCGCUCCCGCUCCGGCUCCUCCAGCUCGGGCUCCGGUGGCCAGGUGUCCGGAGGCUUUGUCGGCAACGUACCCGACGAGCAGGCCAGCAACUGCCCGCUUGAGAUGGGCGUCGUCUACUCGCCGUACGGACCGGUGGCGGCCGGCACGCUCAUUGCGGGCAUGGCCGCCGGCCUGUCGGAGCAGGACGUGUCGGUGGCGGACGUCGUGGGCUCUGACACCUUGACGCUGCAGGAGCUGACGCAGCAGCAGCGCUCGCUCCAGCUCAACAACAUCUGGGCCGCCACACUGGCAGGUGACGUCGCCCAGACGGCGCUGCACUACGAGGGCCGCGGUGGCAACAACGCCCCGGCCGUGCUGGGCCCGGGCGGCUUCUGGAACAGCACCUACUGCCCGCAUGAGUACAGCCUGGCCAGCCGCGCCAGCGUCACGGCCAUGACCAACGCUGAGAUCUACGGAGGCAUCGACGGCUACCUGAUCGGCUCGCAGCUGAAGGACUGGAGCCACCGUUCCGGCUUCCGGCUUUCGAGCGUGCUGCGCAUGUACUACUCGGCCGAUGGCGUCAGCUACGACCGCCGCUUCCGCGCCUGCGAUCGGCUCACCAAUCUCCUCAACGACGACCUCAUCAAGCAGGACACGCUACAGACGGAGGUGAGCGAUGCGCCGCACGAAGCGCCGGAGUGA